GUUUGAUUUUUGUCUCAUAGAUCGAGAAGAAAGCUACUCUGAUCGAUGAAGCUCACGGAGAGACGAUCAUGUCUCUCCCUUCUCCUCCUCCUGCUCUUGGCCUCAUCUUCUUUAAUCUCAGCCGCUGAUUACACUCGCACCGACAAGAUUUUCUUGAACUGCGGUGGCUCUUCCGACCAAACUGACACAGAUAACCGUACAUGGAUCCCUGAUGUCAAAUCCAAGUUCUUGUCUUCCUCCGGAGACUCCAAAACUUCUCCCGCCGCGACACAAGAUCCUUCAGUCCCGGAGGUUCCUUACAUGACCGCUAGAAUCUUCCGAUCUCCCUUCACUUACUCCUUCUCCGUUGCAGCAGGUCGUAAGUUCGUGCGUCUCUACUUCCACCCCAACUCAUACGACGGCCUCAACGCCACCAACUCCCUCUUCACUGUCACCUCCGGUCCCUACACUCUCCUCAAGAACUUCAGCGCUGCUCAAACCGCACAGGCACUGACUUACUCUUCCAUCGUUAAAGAGUUUGUUGUUAAUGUAGAAGCUGGGACAUUGAACAUGACUUUCACACCUGAAUCAACACCUAAGGCUUAUGCCUUUGUGAAUGGUAUUGAGGUGACUUCAAUGCCUGAUCUUUAUAGCAACACAGAUGGGACUUUGGCGAUUGUGGGCUCUUCUAGUGCAGUCACUAUAGAUAACAGCACCGCUCUUGAGAAUGUAUACAGGCUCAAUGUAGGAGGAAAUGAUAUCUCGCCUUCUGAAGAUACAGGUCUUUACAGGUCUUGGUAUGAUGACUCGCCAUACAUUUUUGGUGCGGGGGCUGGUGUCACAGAGACUCUUGAUCCCAACAUCACCGUUAAGUAUCCUACAGGCACGCCUACAUACACUGCUCCUGUUGAUGUUUAUUCCACAGCUAGGUCGAUGACCCCUACAGCUCAACUCAACCUCAACUCCAACCUUACUUGGAUUUUCAGCAUUGACUAUGGGUUUACUUAUCUUGUUAGACUUCAUUUCUGUGAGGUUCUUCCCAACAUCACUAAGAUCAACCAACGUGUGUUUUCAAUCUACCUCAACAACCAAACAGCUGAGCUUGAAGCUGAUGUUGCUGGCUGGACAGGUGGAAAUGGGAUUCCUAGACCUAAAGAUUACGUUGUGAAUCCUCCUUAUGGUAAGGGACAGCAGGAUCUGUGGCUUGCUCUUCAUCCAUACACGAGGGAAAAGCCUGAGUACUAUGAUGCUAUUCUUAAUGGAGUUGAGAUUUUCAAGAUGAAUGGUUCUGAUGGUAAUCUUGCUGGUCCUAAUCCUAUACCUGGUCCACAAGUGACUGCAGAUCCAUCCAGAGUCCGACGCCCGCGUGCUCAGUCCAAGAACCAUACAGCUAUUGUUGCAGGUAUAGUCAGUGGUGCAGCUGUUCUUGGGCUUAUUGUUGGUUUAUGUGCAUUGGUUGCUUACCGAAGACGUAAGGCUGGUGAUUUACAGCCUCCAAGUGAUGCAACAUCAGGAUGGCUUCCACUGUCUCUUUAUGGCAACUCACAUUCUGGUGGCUCGGGGAAGACGAAUACUACAGGAAUCUAUGCCUCGUCUCUUCCUUCAAACCUUUGUCGUCACUUCUCUUUUUCUGAGAACUUUGAUGAGUCUAGGGUGCUUGGUGUUGGAGGUUUCGGCAAGGUGUACAGAGGAGAGAUUGAUGGUGGAACUACAAAGGUAGCAAUCAAGAGAGGUAACCCGAUGUCUGAGCAAGGUGUACAUGAGUUUCAGACAGAGAUUGAGAUGCUUUCGAAGCUAAGACACCGUCACCUCGUGUCUUUGAUUGGAUACUGUGAAGAGAAUUGUGAGAUGAUCCUAGUGUAUGAUUACAUGGCUCAUGGGACAAUGAGAGAGCAUCUCUACAAGACUCAAAACUCUCCUCUUCCUUGGAAGCAACGUCUUGAGAUAUGCAUAGGAGCAGCCAGAGGGUUGCAUUAUCUACACACUGGUGCAAAGCACACGAUCAUCCACAGAGAUGUGAAGACGACAAACAUUCUGCUUGAUGAGAAAUGGGUGGCUAAGGUCUCUGACUUCGGUUUGUCAAAGACUGGUCCUACACUUGACCACACACACGUAAGCACUGUCGUGAAAGGAAGUUUCGGUUAUCUCGAUCCAGAGUACUUCAGAAGGCAACAACUGACUGAUAAAUCCGAUGUCUACUCCUUUGGUGUUGUUCUCUUUGAUGCCUUAUGCGCAAGGCCUGCCUUGAACCCGACACUGGCGAAAGAACAAGUGAGCUUAGCUGAGUGGGCACCAUACUGCUACAAGAAAGGCAUGCUUGAUCAGAUCGUUGAUCCGUAUCUCAAGGGCAAGAUCACACCGGAAUGCUUCAAGAAGUUUGCUGAAACCGCGAUGAAGUGUGUGUUAGACCAGGGCAUUGAGAGACCGUCCAUGGGAGAUGUUAUGUGGAACUUGGAGUUUGCGUUGCAGCUUCAGGAAAGCGCGGAAGAGAGUGGGAAGGGGAUAGGCAGUGAGAUGGACAUGGAUGAGAUUAAGUACGAUGGUGAUGGCUGUAAAGGGAAGAGCAACGACAAGGGCUCUGAUGUGUAUGAAGGGAACGUGACUGGCUCGAGGAGCAGUGGAAUAGACAUGAGUAUUGGUGGUCGGAGUUUGGCUAGUGAAGAUUCAGAUGGACUCACUCCAAGUGCUGUGUUUUCUCAGAUCAUGAAUCCUAAGGGACGUUAG